CAGUUUGUGUGUGCCUGAGUGUGUCUGUGUGUGCGCGCGCGCAGGGGUUGUGGCCUGACUGGGCUCAGCUGAGAGAACACAGAGAACAGCCCGGUCCUGUAGGUGUAGCCCGUUUACUUAUUCACGCGCUGUUCACCUCGGGCAACUUGUGUGCGCGAGCUGCCCUCCUUAAACUCCAGAUGACGUGACGUACCGGAAUCCAGGGCUUAAGAUAAACAUUAAAAGCUCGUCCGGUGCCUCGAUACGGAUUUAAUCAGCACAUAUGCAUCAUUUCCACGUGGAGCGACUCUGCUGAAUCUUAUUCGGACGCUCGCGCUGUAACUCGACCUCUCGACAUGUUCACGCGCGGCUCUAAAAAGCGCCGCUCGAAUCGUUCGCAGGAGGAAGAUCCUGACCGAGGGCAGCCCUGCAUGCGAUGUGGAGAACAGUGUCCGGGUUUGCGCAUGCACGGCUGGAGGAAAAUCUGUGUGCACUGUAAGUGUGUGCGUGAAGAGCAUGCUGUGCGCUCCGUGCCCGGACAGCUGGAGAAGAUGAUGAUGAAGCUGGUGUCCGACUUCCAGAGGCACUCCAUCUCAGACGACGACUCGGGAUGUGCCUCGGAGGAAUACGCCUGGGUGCCGCCUGGUCUCAAGCCUGAACAGGUAUAUCAGUACUUCAGCUGUAUUCCUGAAGACAAGGUACCAUAUGUCAACAGCCCAGGAGAACGAUAUCGCAUUAAACAGCUCCUCCAUCAGCUCCCUGCCCAUGACAGUGAGCCACAGUACUGCAACUCUCUGGAUGAGGAGGAGAAAAAGGAGCUGCGGUUGUUCAGUCAGCAGAGGAAGAGAGAGAACCUAGGCCGCGGCAUUGUGCGUCUCUUUCCUGUCACCAUGACCGGAGCCAUCUGCCAACAGUGUGGAAGGCAGAUUUAUGGAGGUGAUAUAGCCGUUUUUGCCUCUCGUGCGGGACACGGCUCUUGCUGGCACCCUCAGUGUUUCCAGUGUGCCACCUGCAGCGAGCUGCUCGUCGACCUCAUCUACUUCUACCAGGACAGCCAUAUCUACUGCGGACGUCACCACGCCGAGCACAUCAAACCGCGCUGUCAGGCCUGUGAUGAGAUCAUUCUGGCAGACGAGUGCACGGAGGCGGAGGGACGCCACUGGCACAUGAGGCACUUUUGCUGCUUCGAGUGCGAGACGGCGCUCGGAGGUCAGCGCUACAUCAUGCGAGAGAGCCGGCCGUACUGCUGUACCUGCUACGAGUCUCUGUACGCCGAGUACUGCGACACCUGCGGAGAGCACAUCGGUAUUGAUCAAGGGCAGAUGACGUAUGAGGGGCAGCAUUGGCAUGCAUCCGAAGCGUGUUUUUGCUGUGCGCGCUGUCAGCUGCCCCUGCUGGGCAAACCCUUCCUUCCCCGCAGGGGACUCAUCUUCUGUUCCCGACCCUGCUCUCUGGGAGAAGACCCUAAUAACUCUGAUUCCUGUGACUCGGCCCUGCAGUUCAAAGCGACCUCACACAAACUCGUUCAACAGAAGCAAGAACGCAAUUUGCCUCUGUGGCCAUCAGAGGGCAGCAGUCUCACCACUGCAACUGCGAAACUGUCCACCCCAACCACGUCAUCAUCUUUAUCAGAAAGCAGAGGCGUUCACACUCCAGUUUUCCCUUUACAAAAUGGCCGCCCUCCACCGCCACCUUAUGGACAAGUUCACUCUCAAAGCUCACAUUCUCCUUCCUUGGCCAAUGGUUGGGGACCGAUGUUAAACUCGGAGCGCUUAAACACGGAUGAACACCCAGCGCUGGAGUACACGGUGGAGCUGAAUGGAUACGCUGAAUUUGGGCCGUUUCCACCCAGCUGCACCUCCAGAGGAACCUCGACAGUAAAGGACACUGGGAGACUGGAGAGCAGCUCAGAAAUUAUUCCUCAGCCCCAAGCUUCACCGGAAGUUGACUCACUAGAAGACACAGACUUUUUCCCACCACCUCCACCCCCUGUUUUUAUCGGCCCAGAUAAUUUACCAAUCCUGCCCUCGCCUGAUGAGUCGCACCCUUCACCCCCUCCAUCCCAAUUUGGGCGAAGCAGCACAGCCAGGGUCAGCUUCAGAGAGCCAAUCAGCUCCAGUUAUUCAGUGGAGGAGGAAGAGGACGAGGAGGUAGAGGAAGCGGGGGUUGAAAUGGAAAGGAAAGAGGAAAAUGAGCUAGAGCAGGAAGAAGAGGAGGAUCAAGCAGAUGGGGACUUGGGACGCAGACUACAUCUUCGAGCUGGAAUGCCACCUCAGAUGGACCUUUUGGACGGCGCGUACCGACGCAGCUUCCGGCAGGGGUGUGAAAGCCCACCUGGACGAAGCUGCCUGGUCUCGGACUCCCCCCUCCACCUAGGCACGGAGAAACACUUCCGCCGGCCAAGACGGGACCGACCUCGUCUAGAUUCUCUGGAGUGGCGAGGAGGAGAGCGAGGGCAUGCCGCACGCCCACACUCCAUCACCUCUGCUGGAGAUGGAAAUUCCCGUCUGACGCUUCACUCCACCCGCUACAGACACGAAGACUCCUGCUCUACCUGCUCGUCCUCCUCCGACUCUGAAGAAGAGGGCUACUUCCUCGGCCAGCGUAUUCCUCUACCUCCUCAGCUGACAGGGGAAAAAGAGAGGGAAGGAGAAAGAGGAGAGACUGAGGGGAAAAGCAAGAGAGGGAGUCUGAGGAGAAGGAGGAGGACACAUAGUCUCAGUGCAAAAGACAGUGACAAGGACAAAAACUGCAUAUUGUCUUGAGAGAAAGAACGAUGGAGGAAUUGAACUGAUGUUUCAGGCAUUCGUGUCUGAUAUUUGGUCGAAGUUUAAAGUAGAUUUUCCCGAUUUUCCUGCUCCAACACGCCUGCUUAAUAACCCAAAGCUCACCACGACAGCUAGUAAUGUCCUGAUUUAGUUAGUUAUUUAAAUCAAAUGCAUUUAUAGCAUGGAAACCAAACACAUGCUGCAAAAUAAAACAUUUAACAGUUUUGCCAUUCAUCAUUUCCCCUGUUUUUGAGGCUUAUUUAUUAGUGAUAAAAGGCAAGCAUAACAUUUAACAGAAAUGCAUUAAGGAACAAAUUUCUUAGACUACUAGAGAGAAUGCUUCUGUUGGGCAUUCUUUUCAAACUUAAAGCCAAACAAUUGUAUUGGAAAUGAUAUUAACGGCAUAACAAUUGGAGUGAAAUAGAAGUAGAAUAUUAGAAAUAUUGACUGUAACGUCAGAGUUCAUUAGGAUUUGGCACGGUGUAGAGUGCAAAAAAAUUUUGUUCAAGUAAAAUAUAAUUAAUUAAACAUUUAAGGAUUUAGAGAUUUUUAAAAAAAAUUUUAUUUUACAAUGUUCAAAACUGAAAUGUUUCCCCUGUAUGUUUAUAUUUAAAUGAAAAAAAGAAAAUCCCAGAUGGUCUCAGAUUUUUGAACCAAGUGUGUGUGUGUGUAUAUAUAUGAAUAUAUUACACACACACAAACUCUCUCUCUCACACACACACACACACUCUCACUAUGUAUAUAAUGAUAUAUACUUUAUUGAAAAAGCACCUUGCUUUGUUUAUCCCAUACUCUUUACUAUAGUUCGAGACUUUCUUUUCUUUUCUUUUCUUUUAUACUUUUCCUUCUUUUUUCCUCUUCCUCUGUAAAAUCUUGUAAGCCACACUACUGCACAUGUUCAGGUUAUACGCAUGUGUUCUGGCAGAUGAUUAUCUGUACGAGACGCAGAUGUAUUAACUAGAUCUUGUGUUAAGUCUGUGUGACGUUAGUGGAAAAAGUGAGUGAAGUGUUUUUAAGUGACCUAGACUUCCGUUACUGGAUAGAUUUAUCAGCUCACAACUAAAGAAGUAAAGCUCAUGUCUGCUGCCAAAAUGGUGUGUUUGAGCAGGAAAAUCAAUUGUCUUCAAAAUCACAAUACACAGUUAGACACAUGCUCUGCUGUUCCUAUGAGUGUAUAAUAUGCUGUAAUUGACCUGCGGGUUUGUUAUCAUUGGAACGAGGAAUAUAAACGCCAUGCAGGCGCAAUGUAUAUUGUUCUCCUAUGAAUUCUGUAAUCCAAAGUAAAAUGCACAGGAACACAUGGUGAGAUAAAGCUGCUUGAUUUGAAGAACAUACUGGAAAUACACCAUGUGUGUAUAGCUCUGUGUUUAAGAUCUACAUGUUGAUUGCAUCGUGUUUGGUUAUGGGAUUGAAAACCUGAGGCGCUGUGCAACACCAAAACCAAGUAAUCAAGGUUCAUGUCUGUCUUAUUUUAUCUAAACACAUGGAUCAUAUUCAGAAGGUGCUUUGUGGAGACAAUGACCCUGUGUCUGUGCAGCUGUCUUCUCAGUGUUUCAAUCGGUUCUUCAUACUCCACUGCAGAACAGGAACAUUUGUGCUUUCCGUAUCUUCCAGCUCCAGCUCGUCUAUUUAAAUAAGCAGAAGAUGAAACUUUGAAAGACAAAAAGAGAUGUAAAGAACGAUCUUAUUUGUUAUAUACACGCACUGGUGAUGGUGCCGAUUUUACGCUCCUGUGCAUAUUGCCUUAGAUAUGUAUGUUUUUCUAACAAAGCUCAUUUUUAUCAGAGGAUACAAGUUGAUUUCAAGUAGUCUUUUUUUUUUUUUUUUUUUUUUUUGCAUAGGUAAAAAUAAACCACUUGAACAUU